AUGCACCUCAGAAAUCAGGCCCAGAUCGUCGUCUUCUUCAGCUUCAUUGGAAAGAUGAAGUUCCCCCGCCGCGCUGGGCUCUUGAGCAAUGCCCUCCUGCUCCUGGCGCUGCAGCUCACGGUCGCACUGGCCUCUGUCACCUCAGCAGACUUCAUCAAGGAACACCGUAUUCCCGAAGACCUCAACGGCUCGAAUUGGCCCUACCCGUGGCCCGUCAAGCUCUUCCGGUUCGCCAGCCAGCAUGAGCAAAUGCUCGAGAUGGCCUUCAUGGACGUCGCGCCCACCGGACCGGCCAACGGCAAGGCGGCCCUUCUCCUCCACGGAAAGAACUUCUGCGGGCCAACCUGGAAGGCGACUGCGGUCGUUCUGGCCAGAGCCGGGUACCGUGUGAUCCUGCCCGACCAGAUUGGAUUCUGCAAAUCGCAGAAGCCCGACCGCUAUCAAUUCAGUCUCCAGCAACUCGCGUCGAACACGCACCGGUUGCUCGCGAAGCUCGGCAUUCCCAAGGCCACCCUGAUCGGACACUCGCUGGGAGGCAUGCUGGCGACGAGGUACUCGCUCAUGUACCCGGCGAGCGUCACGGAGCUGGUGUUGACGAACCCGAUCGGGCUGGAGGACUGGAAGGCGCUCGGCGUCCCCUGGAUCGACCUCGAUACGUCGUGGGCGAUGGAGAAACUCAGCACCUACAGCAACAUCCGCGGGUACGAGCAGGCGACCUACUACGUCGGGACCUGGAAGCCGAGCUACGAUGCCUGGGUCAAGAUGCUCGUCAACGUCUACACGGGGAGCAAGGCCGCGAAGUUCACCUACAACCAGGCGCAGAUCGUCGACAUGGUCCUCACCCAGCCCAUCGUCUACGAGUUCCCGCGGCUGCAGCCCAAGACCCUGCUGCUGAUCGGGGCGAAGGACAACACCGCCAUCGGGAAGCAGUGGUCGCCCAAGGACGUGCAGGCGAAGCUGGGCCACUACGACGUCCUGGGACCCGCGACCGCGGCGGCCAUCCCCAACGCCACGCUGGUGGUGUUUGAGAAUCUCGGGCACGCACCCCAGAUCCAAGAGCCGGACCGGUUCCACGCGGCCCUGCUGGGCUGGCUUUGCGGAUGA